AUGGACUCAUAUGACAUUGACUCCACUCCGUCCUUGCCUAUCUCUGCCAAUGACUCCACCACUUCCCUCCUGGCAAUGCUCAACACCAUCCACCAGGAGUUGAGCAAUGUGAAGCUCGCAGAGGACAUCCUCCACCCCUCAUGCAAGUCAAGCACAAGCUUGAAGAAGCCCUUGGUUUCUGGAAGCAGUCAUGAUGAUGACCACAUAUAUGCACACCAUAGAGAAGGUGCUGAAACUGGAGGAAGUGGAGGAGGAAGCAGGGAGAUGGCAGAUGGUGAGCUGAAGGCUGCCAUCAUUUCUGUUGUUCAUAGGGUGGAGAUUCAGGCUGGAGAGCCUGUGCUGGUGGGAGGGGUUCCCUUGAUUGGGCUGUUGGAGACAGGGGGGAUGGAAGAGGAUCUUUUCCAGCCACCCAGCAUCCAUGCAGCCAGGCCAGAAGACAUGGCUGCCACUGUUGCACCCCCAAAUCCCAACAAUCCCAAACCAGGCAAUGAGAAGAUGCCUGAAUAUCUGCUUGGGGUGCUGUUUGACAAAGAGUUCAAGGAGGAGCUUGAAUGUAUCAAGGAGCUGGCUUUCGAGUUGGGAAAGCUGAUCUGCCACAAGGAGAUUGCAGAGGAGGAAGAGAGGAAGUUGAGGGUGCUCACCAGGGAGUGCAAGGUGAUUCAUGAUGGUGUUUGGGCAAAGUAUGUUGAUCGCAGCAAGAAGUCGAUCAAUCAGGAGCAUGCUGCUCAGAGGGCAGCAAUGAAGAAGAGUCUUGCUGAUCACAAGAGGCUCCUUGCCCUCAGCACUCAUGAGAAGAAGGAGAAGGUGUUUCCCUUCAUGGGGAAGCUCCUCAAGGAGUAUGGGCUGUCUGCUGGGAAAGUGGCAUUAAAAAUUGCCCCUGAUAUCAUCAACCAGUUGACACAGAACUAG